AGUGACGUAGUGUUUUGCGUGAUUGAUCGUUAACGCAUUCCGAUCUGUUAGAAGGAGGCAAUCUCAUUUGUUUCACCAGGUGUCAUUGAUGAAAAUGAAUAAGACAGUCGUCAUCAUUUUGGCCGCCGUCUUUUGUUCCAGCGGAUUGGUUUCUUCCCGCAUUCACCAGAGAUCCGAGUCCAUCGUCAUCGAAGUCGGGCCGAAAGCAGCUGGACGCAAAGAACGUUACCCGAGCUCUACUGGCAACUCACUGAGGCCAUUUUUGAUUCCGGCUUGGGAUACGGAUCUUUUAAAGAAGGCGAUGAAGUACAAAAUGCCGCACGUGCCAGCCAACACCUACCUGAUAACAGAGAAACCCAACGAAUGCUGGAUGUCGGACGGGACCUAUGGCAUUUGCAGUUCGGCCCUUUCGUGUAACCUACGGGACAAACUGCACGAAGCUCGUUACCCUCAAUCCAGCACGUCUCCGUCGCGCAAUACGUGCCGUUACGUCACCAAUGGCAAAGAGGAAACAGGUGUUUGCUGCCCAAGGGCAUCAUCUAGUUUCGGUGGCAUGUUUGCCUGGCAGCACCCUCUUUUCAUUUUUCCUGUCUCCAUACAAGACAUCGCAUUGUCAUCGCUGACCGCUAACUGGCCGUUAUGGAACCCUCAAACAACGUCGACAUCUUCCCCUUCGAUGAGCACAAGUCCUUGGUGGGUACCAGAUGUUUCAUCGACGACUGCCUCACUUUCUAGCACGACGAGUCCUUGGUGGGUACCGGACAAUUCGACAACCACAAGUCCUUGGUGGGUCCCCGAAUCCCCAUCGACAACGCCCUUGCCCUCUAGUUGGUGGGUGGCUGAAUCUUCGUCAACGUCUCUGCCCACCACGACCAGUCCCUGGUGGACCCCGGAGGCCACGUCGACGAUAGCAUCUUCUACUACGACUCGUCCUUCUUGGACAACUAGACCACCAUCUACAACAACGACAUCUCCUAGUACGCCUAAGCCUAGCACGACGAGCUCUUGGGUUGCGGAAACGACAACGACUUCACGACCAACUACAACGAGCCCGUGGUGGGUCCCGGAUGCCUCGUCGACGUUGAAAUUGCCAGUUGUUACGAGUACCCUUCCGGCGGUAGAAACCAGUACGGUUGCCAUGACAACUGGCAGCCAAAGCUCGGGAGGUAGUUGUGGUCGAGGACCUUUCAAACUCCUCGAUUGGCCAAGAAUCAUCGGUGGAACAACAUCAGCCAAAAAUGCAUGGCCUUUUGCUGUUUCUUUGAUGUCCAAUGGUCGCCAUUUCUGCGGCGGAUCGCUGUUGGACGAACAACACGUCUUAACAGCAGCUCAUUGCGUAGCACCGAUUCCAACAGAUGAAUUGGCCCAGGUGGAAAUCAUAUUAGGCUUACACACCCUGAAACCGAUGGACCAGCAAAUCGUGCGCCGGAAGCUCAAACGCGUCGUGCGGCACAAAGCUUACCACUCAGCUAACUUCUACAACGAUAUUGCCAUACUGAAAAUGGAUUCACCAGUCGAAUUUAGCGAUACAAUUUCACCUGUCUGUUUGCCAUCUUUUGGUACGGCCGAUCUUUAUGUUGAUAAAGCAGCCGUCGUUGUCGGUUGGGGAGCAUUGCAGGAAGAUGGUAAAUUGCUGCCCACGUCUUUGCAACAAGUGAUAGUCCAAGUGCAAACGAACACCGAAUGCCAAAAGAGAUACGGUUCUGAAGCACCAGGUGGAAUACUCGAUAACAUGCUGUGCGCCGCCAGUCCGCAUAAGGACUCUUGCAUGGGUGACAGUGGGGGUCCUUUAGUUGUUCAAGCGUCUCCAGGAUCUCCUUGGAUUCAAGUCGGCAUCGUCAGUUGGGGAAUAGGAUGCGGAAGGGACACGUUUCCGGGCGUGUAUGUUAGGACAACAUCGUUUACGGACUGGAUAAAGAAGAAUUUAUAUUAAAAGCAAUGAAAAUCUUCUUUCAACGUUGAUAAAGAAGAAGAGAUAAUGGAUGCCCGCUCGCAUCGGAUAUUGUGUAGACUACAAGCCUCUAAAUAUGUGGCGCUGUCGUUGAUUUUGGAAGCUCGGAACAGAUCUGAAUAUUCCACGUUUUCUUAUUUAAAAUGGGUCCAAUAUUUGUUCGAUAUUUUAUGAAACUUUAAAUUACAUAACCUUAACCAAGACUGCUGCGUCUUUGCCUCGUUGAUUG